UGCGGAGCACGGUGCAAUUGCAAGCUAUCGCUUGCAUCGUAGGUUUCGUUGGAUUUUUUACGAAAAAAUUUUUAUUAACGUAAUAAUUUGAUACAACUUAAAUCAAAGAAAAGUUAGAGAAUGGUUUUGGCGGAAAGAAAUUCGGAAAAUGUUAGAAAUGGGCGCAGAUCGAGAGGUCCCAGCCCCAACGGACAGACGGAAUCUUCGAGCGAAGAAGACGGAGUUCCAGCAGAAAAAAUACGUGUUGGAAGAGAUUAUCAAGUCAUUGUUCCAGAAUUUGUUCCCGUCAGUGAACGACGAUUAGAUCAAUGCCCUGACAGGGCAUUAUUAGUAUGGUCUCCUACUACUGAUAUACCUGAUCAAAAAUUGGAUGAAUAUAUUAUAUUAGCAAAAGAAAAAUAUGGUUAUAAUGGAGAACAAGCAUUAGGAAUGUUAUUUUGGCAUAAACAUAAUUUAGAGCGUGCUGUAUUAGAUUUAGCUAAUUUUACGCCAUUUCCUGAUGAAUGGACAGUUGAAGAUAAAGUUCUUUUUGAACAAGCAUUUCAAUUUCAUGGGAAAAGCUUCCAUCGAAUUCGUCAAAUGUUACCAGAUAAAUCUAUUGCCAGUCUUGUUAAAUAUUAUUAUAGCUGGAAAAAAACGCGAACUAGAACAUCAUUAAUGGAUAGACAAGCUAGAAAAUUAACAAGUGGUGGCAAGGAAGGAGAAAAUGGUAGUGAAAAUGGAAGUGAAUUAGGUUCCAAUACAGACAGUGAAUCAGAAGAAAAAAAAUGGACGAUCCACCGCGGAAUACGUCGUGGAAAGAACCAAGCUGUGCCAGGAAGCCAAGGCACUGACGCCAAAGCCCCAUCCGACUCGGAAAACGCCCCUCAGGUUCAGGGCUCGUGUAGCAACUGUGGCGUUGCUUGUCAUAGUGUUCGUGCGACGCCAAAAGGACACGCGUGUCACAGCUGCUAUCUGCACUGGAGGCGAACUGGUGUAGCAAGACCAUUAAGUUCCAUGCCAGGUCGAACAAACAAAAGAAAACCACCUCGCGGUCUCGUUGUUAAUCACGAUGAUUUAGCAGCAUUGGCUGGUCAACCUAAUCAAGCAAACAACAGUUUACAAGCCAUUGACACCGAAAUUGUUAGUCUAAAACGUCAAAUACAAUCAAAUAAACAACAAGUAAGUGCACUGAAGCGUAAAACAACUGAUGGUAUUGAUGAUUUACGACCUCCAGAAGUAUCAAGUCGUAUAAAUGCUCGUUGGACAAAUGAUGAAUUACUUUUGGCCGUUCAAGGAGUUAGAAAAUAUGGAAAAGAUUUUUCUGCGAUUGCUGAUGUAAUUGGAACUAAGACAGAAGCUCAUUUACGAUCGUUUUUCGUGAAUUAUCGGCGAAGAUAUAAUUUAGAUGCCGUAUUAAAAGAAUAUGAAGCUGAAAAUGGCCCGAUACUAAUUGAUGAUGAGAAAGAAGAAAAGAUGGAUGUGGAUCAGCCAAAUGAAGCAGCAGAAUCAUCGCAAAAGACGAAAUCAUCCGCCAGUAUUGGACAAACAGCUAAAUAACAAAUGACUAUACUUCUGAAUACUACCAAACGUGAAAAGAGCAAUCACAGACACUUUGAUAAUCGAUAAUAUCAUUUAAAAGGUAUUUGUUUAUAAUUCAGUUUGCAAUUUUCACUUCUAAUUAUAUUAUGUUGCUACUGAUGCGAUAUAAAAAUAUCAAGUACAAGCAACAAUUUGCAUCAAAUUUAUGUGUAAAAUAAAUCCAUAUAAUGCAUGUAUGGAUGAAUUUAUAAGAACAAAAAUGUGUGAAUUUAUUUAGCUAAACUUAGUUUUAAUAUAAUAUGUUUGAAAUGGAAUUUUUAUUAAGUAAUAUAAAAAAAAUAUUAUUCCAUUAAGGAAAAUUAGCAUGUAAUUCUAAAAGAUAAAUUAAUGCAUCCAACUGCAAAUAUAACAAGCAUUUUUUUAGAUUCAUUUUAUAUAAUCUCGGA